UGACUAGCGUAUUCGCUGAUUCUGGGGAGUGUCUGAAGGCCUGUACAAGUGACUGUUGAUCGUACGUUUUUCUAUCAUUUUUAUCAGUAAUUAUGGAUCCCGCGGUCUUCCCGGAGGAGAUUUGGAUUAAGAUUUUAUUAUACUGCGAUGUACCUGACAUUAUUGCUUUCGGCAGCACCUGCAAAUACUUAAGGAAGACGUCUGACACCGAUUAUUUGUGGAGGAUGAAAUGGCUGCAGUUGAUUUCAAAGGUACACUUCAGAUUCCCCGACAUAAAAUGUUUGCAGUUACUUAGCGUCAGCUUUAAAGCCAUGUGCUACAGAUUGCACAUGGUGUUGACAUUGGGGGAGAAUGUACCUUUCCCAAAGUGUUACCACUGCAGCGGUUAUACAUGUCAGAGAAACUGCGUCGAAGGCUCUAGUGCCAAGGUAGUGAUUGAGAUCGGAAACAAAUACACGUGGGUCAUUACACCGUUCUUCGGUCUAAGGAGACACUUCUCGCUGUUCGGCAUUCCAAAGUAUAACAACAAGGCUCACGUGGAACAAACGCAGACUCAGAACUCAGCUCCAAGCAGUAGCACGCGCACGAAGUCCGAGACGAAGUCAUUAGCAAAGAGAUUGAAGCUACUGAAACUGUCGGAGUUGGCGUCCGCUAAGAUUCCACGGCCAAGUGGGCCGUUCUGCCUUUUUUGUAAUCCCGUGAAAUUGUACAGGGAGAAGCGGAGAUUGAUUACGCAUCAGAACGAUCCGAUGUGCUACACCAGACCAAAUCCAAUCUAUCAGAAACUUAUAAACGGCUAUUGUACCGACACGGUUGAGGUUCUCGGUAUCCCGAACGUGGAUGUUGUGAGCCCAGCAGAAGCAUUGCUCUGCGAGGGCACGUUCCCAGUUCUCAAAACCUUCAUCGAUCAUCUGUUUCAUCAGAUGAAUCUAACUACAACGCUGAGAAAGCCGAACACUGUGCUCAUGUUCUGUGAACCCUUGGCUAUGCAUCCUGCAUUGAGGAAACAGUUGUUGCAUUAUUUGUUCCAGGAAGUUAAAGUAGCAAGAGUAUGCCUGGUACCUAAACCUCUAGCGGCGUGCGCCAUGUUGGAGGUGGAAACUUGUGUAGUAGUCGACAGCGGUGCUUUGAGUACGACAGUGGCUGUUGUUAUCGGGGGACGGGUUAUACCACAACGCUGGAGGCUACUGCCCGUAGGCGGUUGGCACGUUGCUUAUCAUCUGAAGCAAGCUAUGCACUGGCAACCAAAGGAGUAUCAUCAGAUUCCCAUAACCUACCUAGACAUUUUGGCUGUCAAAGAACGAUGUAGGCUGAGCUAUAAUAUCAAGAACGAGGAGAAACGUCUGGGACAGAAAACGAGAGAACAUAUUAACCUUCGGGUUGAUAGUUACGCGGACUAUAAACAAUUUUGGAGAGUUUCUUUAGGGCCAGAGUUAUAUAUAGCUCCCGAGAUGAUGUACAUCAGUCUUGGUUUGCCUGAAGUUAUAAAAGAGGUGACGUCGGGAUUGCCAGAAGAUAUAAUGCACGAUUGCCUCUCGCAUAUUCUGCUUACUGGUGGAAAUACAGAUCUUACGGGUUUUGAAUUGAGGCUUACCAAGGAUUUACGUGAAUUAUUGCCGGAGCACAGCAAGAUUCUGGAAGUGCGAAGUUGUCCUGGUACACAUAGUUGGAAUGUCGCAAUGGGAUCUACAUAUGUGCCUUUAGCAGUGCAUCCUGAUAAAACUCCUCCAAUAUAUACUGAAGGUAAUCCAUUUUGGUUGUCGCGAGAAGAAUACGUAUUGUUUGGAUGUGAAUCUCUGGAACACAAUAACGAAGAAAUAAUAGGUGAUGCCUUAUAAUGCGAAUGUCUCAACUUAUUAUAGUUGUAAAAUGCGCGCAUACAUGAUAAUGCCAGGAAAGUAAAUGUUACCACCAUUAAGUAUAUUUUCUUCUAUAUUGUCUAUAAAUUUAGAUAGUCGAAGGGGCCUGAAACAUUCCAAGAUAUAACUGUCACAUUCACUACACUUGAGGGCACCUGAAUAUGUUUCUUAAAUUUCGCUAUUUAAAAUUCGUUUUACUAAUAUAGUACGUGUAAAAUAUAUACUAGAUGUUCCGUUUUGAUCUAUAUGCAGCAAGAUCUGCAGAACAAGACAGAAAAAAAAACGAGAAAUAUUCAUAUUGCGAGAUUAAAUUUCGUCUGAAGUACUACAUCGUCAAAUUAAUUAUUUUGUAGAUACAUCAAAUAUGGCUGUUUCAGAUAGAUCUAUUUCUUUAAAAAAAAAGAAGAAAUUAUUUAGUCGCUUGUUGCUUAUGUUUUAUACGAGCGGCUUUACUAUAUAGAUUAAGAGGGACACCUUGUAUAUGUGCUCUAAAACUGCCCCUAACAGUAACUUCAAGAUCUACGGCAUUUAAAUUUCCACGUAACUACUAAAAACAAAUCGUUUAUAUAGAGUAGCUUACAAGCUAUAAAUUAAUUCUUAUUGAUACAUCAGUUGCAAUAUGCUCAUUACUCGUUUCAGAAUUACUCAGCACAUGAUAUUUCUCGGUGCAGUGUUACACGUUAAUGGCAUAUAAAUGUUUUAAAAUGGCAAAAUAAAAUUUUUUAACACUCGCGGAAUUUUAAAUUAUAAAAUUCUAUUGCUUUCAUAUAUGUACGAUAUGACACAUGCAGCGAAUUGUUUUGUAAAUAAGGUAAAGAAGCUCGUUAAAUUAAAAAAAAAAUGUACAGAUUAUUAUAAACGUAAAAAAACAAGUAUUAUAUAAUGUUAGAUAUAGCGUAUUUACAAAAACUGUUCACUAUUUCGUACAUUUAUAUCACAGAAAUCUUGCCAAAAGAAAUAUGUGUAUGUUAAUAAGGAAAAGUGUAGAAAACAUUUCUAGUCACUUUAGGCACAUAUAGUUAGAUUUAUACACACACACACACACACACACAGAGACACACACACACAGACACACAGCACACAGACAUGUACCUAUAUGUUCAGUAAAGCGAAAGAUCUUUCCUCUUCCAAGACAAAAUAAAUAAUCGCACUAGCAACUUGUAACAAAUAAAGGAAGAAACAAUGAAUUUUUAGAAAAUAGCUUCAUAAGAAAAAGGUACAGUAUCUUGGUAUAUUAGCAUAAUCAAUUUUGUUAAGGAUAGAUAAUUUUAUGAGUAAAUUAAAAUAUAAUUAUUGAUAUGAUUAUUCGCAAUGUGUACAGAUACUUUAUUGAUUAAGAGACUAUAAUGAAUUUGAUAGUUAUAAUUAGAGCACAUAUUGAAAUGAGUUGAAUAUAUUAUUUAGAUAAGAAUGUAGCUAGUGUAACGUAGCUAGUGAGUAGCAAUUAAUUAAAAAGACAUGGUAUUGUAAAUGCUAUAUUAUAACUGAUGUUUGUAUUAAAAGAAUAUCUAUAUAAAUUAUUAUUGUGUUAACUAUUAGAGAAUUUUAUUAGAGGAGAUUUAGAUGUUCACGAAUCACAUGGCUUCAAUUCUGUAAAAAAAAUAAAAUGUAAGUAUAAAGUAUUAAACAAAUUGACAGCACGUUAGCAGGUGAUGCAUACACAUAUGUUGCUAUUUUCCCAUUCUCACUGAACGUGAAAAGUUUGAGAAUUUGAAUAUUCUUCGAACGUGUUCGUGAUGACGCGACGCUGCGCAAUUUUAAAUAAGUAAAAGAGAUUUACGCGACUAUGUUAUACGAAACAUUUUCAAUCUUAUCAUAAUACUAAUUUUUCUCUUAGAAAUUCUUUUUAUGGUAUACCGUAAACACUGAGAUAUAGACCGUUUAAUAUAAUUUAAGUUGUACGUAUAUUUAAUGAUGUUAUGAGUUUUAUAUAAGAUAUAAAAGUAUUGUAAUUUGCCAUGACAACUUUGCAACGAACGGAGAACUUUAGCGUUUAUCGUACUCAAAAACACUGCAACAAGAAUUUUUUAUUCUGUUAAAAUAUAAAAAUUGCAUAUGUAAUUCUUACUGUUAUUUGUGGUUCUAUUAUGUUUAUGAGAUGUACAACUUGUAAAUAAAUCUUUUCAGGUACC